GGGACUUUUCUGAUCGUUAAAGUGGAACUACCUGGCCUUGGCUAAAAUUUCGUUUGUUUUAAUAUGUACUUGAAGAUUGUUCCGAUUUUUGGGAAACCUUGAAACUCGGACUGAUUGUGGAAGCAUCGCUGUAAUUUGAGGCUAUACCCACAUAUACGGCACUGCAUGGCCUGAAAUGACCUCGGGAUCAAUAAUAAGUGGCGACGCGGAGAUAAUUCAAAGCUGCAUCCUCGGUCUUCAGAGAUUUAGUUUUCUCUUCCCCCUUUCCUCUCCGUAAACCAGAAAUCUUGUUUGUGGUCUUUUGAAGAGAUCCUCGACCGCACUUUGCUCAGCUCAGCUAUUCAGAACACAUUAUCAUCAUCAUAAUCAUCAUCAUGAGUGAACUCAAACAGUAUCCUCUCAGCGAAGUACAGAAGCAUAACAAAAAGUCAGAUCUAUGGCUCGUAAUCCAUCAUAACGUUUACGAUGUGACAAAUUACCUUGAAGACCAUCCUGGUGGAGCAGAUUCAUUGCUCGAAGUUGGAGGCAAGAACUCCACAGUUGCUUUUGAAGACGUUGGACACUCGGCAGAUGCGCGAGAAACCAUGGAAUCUUUUCUGAUAGGAAGGUUGGAAGGAGCACCUGACGAGGAAGAUGAGGAUAGAGGAUUGCCUAUGCCGAAACCCGAUUUGAAAGCCAAAUCAGAAGAUCAAGACUUCAAUAGCGAAGCUCCGCUCAUGACUGCUGGUAGGGCUGGACUCAAGAUUUUUUCAGUUGGAUCUGCGCUCUUCAUAGGCUAUGAAAUCUAUUCGAGAUCGCCAAAAAUCGGUUGGCUUCAUGCACAACAUGGAGGAUUCUGGAAAGGUGUACUUAUUUCGAGUAUUGCUACCCUAUCAAUUGCUACAGGAGCAGGACUUUAUCUCGAAAAAGCACUAUCGGCGUCUCACAAAAAUCCAUACUCAUACCCAUCACAUUACAAACCAUCUAUUAAGAUUGCCAAACCCAUCACAAGAGUCAAGGGAUAUCUACAACCGGAAAACUAUCAAAAGUUACCCUUAGUUAAGAAGGAAAAGCUUUCUUCGAAUACUCAUCGUUUGAUAUUCAAACUUCCGAAAGAUGAUAUGAUACUCGGCCUUCCUAUUGGUCAGCAUAUUAGUAUUCGAACAGAAAUCGACGGGAAGCUCGUCAGUAGAUCAUACACACCCGUUUCUAAUAACUCUGAUCCCGGGGAACUUCGACUGGUGAUAAAGAUGUAUCCGGAUGGACUUCUCACUGGAAAAUAUCUCCAGCAUCUUAAAGUUGGAGACGAAAUUGAAGUACGCGGACCAAAGGGUGCGAUGAGGUAUCGAAAGGGAAUGGUGAAGAAGAUUGGAAUGAUUGCAGGAGGAACAGGAAUCACACCGAUGUAUCAGUUAAUUCGAGCAAUAUGUGAAGAUCCAACGGAUGAAACAUCUGUAACUCUUCUCUACGGCAAUAAUAGUGAGGAGGAUAUUUUGCUCCGUGAGCAAUUAGACAAUUUCGCAAAGAAAUACCCGGAGAAUCUCAGAAUACACUAUGUAUUAUCUAAGCCUUCCAAGGAUUGGAAGUUAGCCACGGGGUAUGUGACUAAGGAGAUGGUCGAGGAAUAUUUCCCAGAACCAAGCGAUGAUAGUAAGGUGUUACUAUGUGGUCCACCGGGUUUGGUAGAUUCGAUGAAAACUAGCUUGGUAGAGCUAGGUUGGCAAAAACCAAGAGCUGUCAGUAAACUACCUGACCAGGUCUUCACGUUUUAGAUUCAUUUUAAUUUUACCAUUUUGAAAUAACGCUGGAUUCUACCAUUCUGGUUCUCAUUGAAAUUAGAGUUUUAAAUUGUGCGUGAAGCGUGCUACGUCUUCCGACCUAUGCCGAAAACGGAGCAUCCGUUCGCCUCCGUUCGCCUCCGUUCGCCUCCGCUGUAUAUCCGAACUUCAGUCUCUCGUCAAAGUUCAAAUUUGAAAUGCAAAGGAUCUUCCGCUUUAUCCAGAUAGCACACGUACGAUACAAAAAAUAUGUAGAGUUGAGACAUUGUGGAUUUCAAAAAUCCCGCAUGAAGAUGACUAGUAUGUUAUUGUAACAGACUCGGCUGGCCAGACCUCGAACUAGUUGCCCUUAAAUCCGACCGGCAUGGCCCACA